AUGGCAUUCAACUUCAACUGGUCGCCGCUGACGGCUGACGCGAGCUUUUACAAGCGCGCCCGAGACCUGCUCACGACUGCCUUGAACAAAUCCCCGAAACCUCCAAUAAUCGUCGAUGACAUCCUCGUCACCGAAUUCAACCUGGGCUCCGUGCCUCCGGAGCUCGAGAUCCUCGAGAUUGGCGAUCUGGCAGAGGAUCGAUUCAGGGGCAUCUUCAAGAUGACAUAUUCUGGGGAUGCCUUCCUGACGCUGAAGACAAGAGUCCAAGCAAAUCCACUCAACACAUAUCUCUAUUCAAAGCCAAGCUUCACAUCUCCAGAGCCACUCGCAGCGGCCUCGGGCUUGACGAUACCUCUGCAAAUAACGUUGUCAGAGAUCAAGCUCUCGGCUUUUAUCAUACUGGUGUUUUCAAAACAAAAGGGGCUUACUCUGGUUUUUCGCAAUGAUCCUCUCGAGUCUCUCAAGGUCUCGUCGACCUUUGACUCGAUCCAAUUUGUCCGAGAUUAUCUUCAGCGGACUAUCGAAGGGAAGCUGAGAAACUUGAUGAUGGAUGAGCUACCGGCAAUCAUUCACAAGCUGUCGCUGCAGCUCUGGUGUCCCGAGCAAAUGUCCAAAGAGGACCACGAGAAGACGAGCGAAAUGGACGAGCAAGCUGUCAACCCUUUCGCCAGCCCGCCAUUAGAUGCUGUAGAUGCUCACGGAAACCUAUUGGAUCCCAUAGACAUUUCAAGCAUCGCUGUAAAUGGUGGGGCCGAGUUGCAGUCUCUGUUCUCCCAGAAGAACCUGUUCCGUCUUGGGGACCUGGUCAACACCCAGCUUACCUCGUCACUUUUCACACCCUCGGUUCCUGAAGUUAUUUUUAGGGCGAAAGCUGGCCCGGUUGACAAGCCAGAGGCAAGCAGCACUACGCCUUUGACUACGCCAAGCCUGGUCAAAUCACACUCCUUCCAUGGCACAUCAACUGUCUACACAUUCUCGGAUACGAGCAGUCAAAACAACGGACAACUGCCGUCUCGCCCAUCGCUUGUCAGCCUGGGAUCUGCCACUACUGGUCUCGGCCUCGCUGCGAGCAGAAACGCGAAACCCUACGCUAACAGGAAAAAGAAGACAAGGGUCGUCAAUCUUCGGCGCAAGACCGACACGGCUGCCAGCAGUGAGAUGGGUGACACGAUGUCUGACUCUGCAUCAGUACAGGCUUCCGAGUCGAACACAAUGUCGGAAUCCAUCCCUGAGGAUCCUGAAGAGCAACACGAUUUGACAAUGUCUGGCUCGAGUCGGGUACGUUUUGGCCUGGGUGGGGAGAGAACCCCUCUUCCGCAACGUCCGGCUUUGCGCCGUGACCUCUUCAACCCAGAUGAGGCGACAGCACCCGCUGAGAUUGCCCAGCCGCAAGUUGCACGGUCAACGCCAGAGAAGGAGACCACAGCACCUGUCCGGUCAUCAGAAAAUGAUAAACGCGGUGAUUCAAAACGUCGAGGGCCACGCUCCGAAACCCCUUCAGUCAUUUUGGAACAAGCCUGGAUCAUGAAGAUGGCUGGCGAGAUUGCCAAGAGAGUCUACGACGAGAAGCAGCGCAACCCCAGCUUUUGGGACGAGAGGGAAGAUUCCCCUCCCCCUGCGUACGAGGCCCAGCCCACCACGGCAGCCUCAUAG